AUGAGAUUCGCAAGGCCCCUAUACGAGGAGGAACAAACUCUAUGGCACAAAGACGCCAUCACUCGCCACCCCACUGCCGAUCAUCGGCCAUCUUUACCGCUCCCUCACCACUCUCUCCUCACGAUCGCUCGAAAGUAUGGUCCCCUCGUCAAGCUCCGGCUUGGCUCGGUUCCCGUGGUGAUCGCGUCAAGCCACGAGAUGGUGAGAGAGUUUCUAAGAAACCAGGAUCUCACCUUUGCGUCGAGGCCGACGUUGCUCACCACGAAGUACAUCCUCUACGACUCCAAGGACAUGGUUUUUGCUCCAUACGGCGAGCACUGGAGGAGCAUGAGGAAGCUGUGCGUCGUGGAACUCCUGACGGACCGUCGCCUCGCCUCAUCGCAGCAGGCAAGGAUGGAAGAGCUACAGAGAUUGUUAGCGAAGAUCGCAAAAGUUGCGGAGACGAGCGAACCUUUCGUGCUGCUAGAUCUGCUGACGGAGUUUACGUUCAACGUCAUCACCCGGAUGGUGAUGAACAAGGCUUACUUUGGAUCCGGAGAGACGACGGAGGAGCUCGCGGCCACCAGAGACUUCAUCCAUAUGCAAGAGCAAGGAACCAUUCUUCUCGGGGAGUUCCACAUCGGCGACUACAUCCCGUUUCUCAGGUGGUUCGACUCGAGCGUCGCCAAGAUGAAAGCCCUGCACAAGAUCCAGGACGAGUUCCUGCAAAAAGUGGUCGAUCAGCACGUCCUUGCGAGGCAAAGCAGAGAGCAAACUCAAGCUCACGAUGGAGAUGGAGAUUUCGUCGACACACUCUUGUCUCUAGACUCUCCAGAUCCAAACAAUCAAGCUAGAAACAUCAAGGCACUCAUCCAGGUACUCUAA